AUGAUGCAAGAGGCCCUCCGAUUGUUCCGCAUUCCGGCGCGAAGCAAGGGGCACCGUCGACAGCAGCAGGCUACCAUCAUAUUUACUCUCUUAUGGGGAACGAGCAUCAUCUUUAUCAUCUUCACUCCCUUUCUCAUCGCUUCCGUGCAGGCUCUCGUACUGCUCAACACAGCCGCUUCUCUCAUGGCUGCUGUCGUCACCCUGUCACUGUGCAGCCGUGCCGACACUCAACAGAACUACCCGUUUUGCUUCGGCUUGUAUCGUUUAAGCGUCGUCGUGCGUCUCGGCAGCACCGUAUUUCUGGUGUUUGGCUGCGUGACAACCGUGGUGGAGUCUCUGCACCGUGGCAUUCAUGCGCACCACUCGAGUCCCCUUUUUCUUCUCUCCCUCGGUGGCGUACAACUCCUCUCACAGAUCGUCUUCUGCCGUGAUGUUCGACUUACUGAUCGUGUGACGGGUCACCACGGCAUGGCAGGCGUGCAAAGUGAGGAUAUUCUCCAGAUGCUCUAUGCUGCGGCGUGCAGAGAGAGGUGUGCAGGGAGAGACGGAAGCUCCUUUGAGGAGUUCCACUGUCCCUCGAGCGUAUCGGGGCAUGGCCGAUCGCCGAUGGCGCACGGCAGUCCUAGUGGCGUGCAACGCACGGUGCACAACAGUUCUGCAACAAUGGUCGUUUACCUGCUGUGCCCGAUCACGUGCGUCGUCGCCAGUGUGGUGAUGUUGGUGACAGACAGCGCUGCCCCUGACGUGAUCGGGGCACUGUUCCUGGCCAUCUAUUACUCUUACGUCGGAUAUCAGAACGGACGCGAUAUGCUCGACUUGCUGAUGAACAAAUCUGUGACCGACACGCGGCGCUUGCACAAGUUGGAGCGAUGCCUGCGCAACAUCAAGGUGCUGGACGGUGUGCUGUUGGUGCAGUCAACCGUGUGGUGGAACAUCAACGCAUCAGAGAGCAUGCUGCUCAUUCGCUUAAGGCUAAUGUCCGGCUCUGAUGCGUGCGCUGUGUCGCACGCAGUACGCAAACAGCUGUUUGAGCUUGCGACGUAUGUGUAUGUGGAGUGCUUCCCCGCUAGCAGUGCGAACGGUCUCGGGGAUAGCGCGCCGUCGUCGUGGGGCACCCCGCUGACGGGCGCGCAUGGACACAGUCAUGGCGUGCAUGGCCACUCGCACAGCCACCACCGUCACAACCAUAAAAGCGAUCAAAGUCACGACCACGGAAACAGCCAUGACAAUGGACACAACGUCGAUGGCCGCUGUGGCCACGAUCACGGUCAUUCGCACAGUGACCUGUUUGUCGCCAGCGGUGAGGUCACCUUAUCAACUAGGCGACACUCCAAUGAGUUUGGCGCCAUCAGGGGCGAUGGGCGACCUGGUCCUAUGGCAGCUGCUUUGCCUUCCGGUGCGCAGAGGUUUCCUGGAGUGAUGUCCUACAGAGCCCACGCAGGUGGUGAACCGGCCUCAAUGGAGUUUCCCACACCUCCGGGGACCACUAGCGGAGGACGUGAUCCCUUAGCUGAGCGACAGCGCUUCUUGAGAGACGUACCCCCAAUCGACAAUGCCACUGCAGCGCAGCCGUCACCGUCUACAGGCUUUUCCUAUGUCUCAUCUAAUCCGUACGGUGUGGGUACUAUGAGCCCAGAGAGUUGCUUCGGCCAGCCCGUACAUCGCGACGCAGCCGUUCGAGCUGCAGAUUUCACUAGUUCUCUAGCACUGCCGUCGCGCCUGCCGGAUAUGCCGCCCUCGGUCGUCAUGCCGCUUCGCGAUCAAGGUGCUCGUAUCGGCGGUGAGGUGAGGAGGAGCACAAAUCCUAGUGUAAUGCAUGACUUCAUGUAA